GGGUGGGACCGGACCGGACCCGGGGAGGCCGAGCGGGCAGUACGAGCUACAGGGCCCGGGAUGAGGCGACGAGAAGGGUAACGUGAUCUUAGCUGUUGAAAUGGAGCUUGACAUCCAGUGUGAGGAGAUGAGCCCAUCUAGAUGGGCAGAACUUCUGUCCACAAUGAAAUCCUGCAAAGCCAUCAGGCUGGAUGACUGCAAUCUCUCCAGCAGUAACUGCAAGGAUCUCUCCUCCAUCAUCAAUACAAAUCCAUCGCUCACAGAGCUGAAGCUGAACAACAACGAGCUGGGAGAUGCAGGCAUUGAGUACCUCUGCAAAGGAUUGCUGAUGCCAACCUGCAGCCUCCAGAAGUUGUGGCUGCAAAACUGCAAUCUGACAAGUGCCAGCUGUGAGACCCUCAGCUCCAUCCUCAGUGCCCAGCCUUCCCUGACAGAGCUGUAUGUAAGUGAUAACAAACUGGGGACUGCUGGAGUGAAGGUUCUGUGCCAAGGGAUGAUGAACCCCAGCUGCAAGCUGCAGAAGCUGCAGCUGGAGUAUUGUGAACUGACAGCUGAUAUUGUGGAAAGUCUGAACGCUUCUCUGCAAAGCAAGCCCAGCCUGAAGGAGCUGAGCCUGAGUAACAACACCCUGGGAGACAGAGCUGUGAAGCAGCUGUGCCAGGGACUGGUGGAGGCAAGCUGCAGCCUGGAGCUCCUACACCUGGAGAACUGUGGCAUAACCAGUGAUAGCUGCCAGGACAUCAGUGCUCUUCUCAGCACCAAGUCAUCACUGAGAGACCUCUCUGUGGGGGACAACAAGAUUAGGGACUCUGGUCUGGCUCUGCUGUGCCAAGGACUUCUGCAUCCUAACUGCAAAAUUCAGAAGCUGUGGCUAUGGGAUUGUGAUCUCACAAGUGCUAGCUGUAAAGAUCUCUCCAGAGUCAUCAGUACAAAAGAGACCCUCGCAGAGAUCAGUCUGAUAGACAAUAACCUGAGGGACUCAGGAAUGGAAAUGCUUUGUCAGGCUCUCAAGGAUCCCAAAUCUAAGCUGCAGGAGCUAUGGAUUAGGGAGUGUGGGCUCACAACUGCUUGCUGCAAGGCUCUCAGCUCUGCUCUCAGUGUCAACAAGCACUUGAAGGUGCUGCAUAUGGGAGAGAACAAGCUGGGAGAAGCAGGGGUUGGACUCCUGUGUGAGGGAUUGCUGCACCCAACUGCACCAUCCAGUCCUAUGAGGAGGAUGGCAAUAGGUGGUAGCAUGGCAGUUUUUUGCUCACAAACUGAUAUUUUAACUAGCCCACUGGCAAGCAGGCACCAACAUCUGGCCAGCUGUGGCUUUUGUGACACUCAGGACACUCUGAUUGUCUCCUCUGUGCCAUCUGACCAAAGCCUGGAGCUGCAGCUGGGUAACUGUGACCUGACAGCAUCCUGCUGUGCAGCCCUGGCCACUGUCCUGGUCACCAAGCAGUGCCUUACUGAGCUGGACCUCAGCUACAACCCCCUGGAUGAUGCAGGCAUCAGGAAGAUCUGUGAAGCCUUGAGGAAUCCCAGCUGCAACCUGCAGCAGCUGAUUUUAUAUGACAUUUUCUGGAGUUCUGAAGUGGAUGAUGAACUGAGAGCCCUGGAAGAAUCCAAGCCUGAAAUGAAGAUUAUUUCCUGAGAGGUGACUGUCUGCAGAGCAACAUCAAAGCAGUUUCCUCUUCUUUAUAUGAACUUCUUAAUCCAUAAAGCUAAUUAACUUCAUAGAGAA